CAACAAAACAGCAGAAGGCUGAAGUUCCUCUUUGGAAAGCACACGCAGAGAAACUUACAGAGUCAUUUUCACACAGCUGUCCGUCACAUCAUCGGACAAAACUACUUGUCGCACAAUGGCAGCCCAGACAGCCCAGCGAUGGCCCAACAACAGUCCUGUGAUUUCAGUGGCGCCCAACGACACGCGGCGUCUUCUGGAAGUUUACGUCAAACGCAGCCUCAGCCUCAACGACGAGUCGCUGGGAAUCAAGUCUCCCGAGCGUAAACUCAAGUGGGUGACCAUCCCCAAAAGGCACCGGAGACAUUCCAGCGACCCUUCCAUUCACUUGGCCGACGGCGUGAACGAAGACGGUGGGUUCUCGUCGCUCGCUCCCGUCGACCUUCCCCCGGAGAUACCGUCGGACGACAAGGUCAGCAAGAAGUCCAAGAAGCACAAAAAGCCCUCCUUGUGGAAGAACUUCCUGGAUCUGUUCCCGCGGAAGAGCACUGAGGAGAAAGACGAGGAGCAGGAGUGUCCGUACGAUGUUCCGGAAGCGUCCGACGAUGACUCGGACCACGUUUCCGUGUGCCUGCCCGCCUCGACGGCGGCCUCCUCGACAAAGAAGAAGUCCUUAAAGAGAAAUGUUUUGAAAAGAAGGUUUUCCAAGAGGCGCCUGUCCCUCAUUAAGUUCAACAAGCGAGAGGAGUUGAACCCGGCGGACAUCACCGGAGUAGAAGCCGUGGUGAGCGUGGAACCGACUAUUUCCUACUAUGAGAAGGUGUCCGAGGAACUGGAGAAGAUUCUCCACGAGGUCAAGGAAAAGGAGGAGGCGGUGACUAUGUCGGAUGAGGAGGUCAUCAACCGGAUCAUUGCUUUGACAAAGGAGCAGGGAGACGCUAUCGACGGCAAGAUUAGAGACAAUUCCACCCUGAGCAACUUCUUCAAGGGGAUGUCGUACUCGUCCUUCCAGAGGCUGGCCGACGCCUACCUGGAGAAAGAGGCGUCGCCCACACUCACCCAGCCCGCCGUCCUGUCCACGGCGCCCGAGCUGGUCAAGUUGGCCUUCACGCUGGACUUCACGGCUCGCGUCGCCGGCCUCUCCCGCCAAAACGUCGGCCACAUCACCGGCCUGGGCAACCGCUACCUGCAAGACCGAUUUGAGUACAAACAAGCGUGUUCAGAUCAUCCCUGAUGACGGAGGAGGCAAAUCGUGGAAACAUUUCCGGGAGUUAAGUUAAGCUGAGGAUGUGAUGCAAGUUUCCCGUUUGAUGUGGUUGUGUUUAAUUAUGCCGGAAGAGCAUAAUCUGCUGACACGGACGCUGUGAGGACAUUCCUCAGUGAACUUCACCGUACGGUAGUUGCUGGAUCUACUAUCACGGUGGAUUCACGCUGCAAGGUUCUAGUGACACAAUUCGGAUGUAUUUUUUUUCGUGUGCCACAAUUAGGAUGGUAGUUUACUGUAAAUGAAAAAAAAAUGAAUCUGGUCUAAAUACGCUACAUCAGAGGUGUCUCCAUCUAAAUAAGCUAAAUAAUUGCAGACAUCGGCCAGUGGAGUAAAUGAGGACCCUCAUUUAAAUCAUUGGGGGAAAGAGUCAGUCCAGACCAACAUUAUGCUACAGUAUGGAAUUUUAUAUUUGUAUUAUUGUUUACUUCCAUGUUGACGCUUAUGUAGGUACUUAGGUGCAAUUUGGGCAUGUGCUGGUUGUUUCAUGUGUUCUGUCAAUGUAAACACAGCUAUAUACUGUAGGAUAUGUGUCUCUUAAAAUGUGAAUGGAAGUAGAGCAGCGGUCAAACAUCAUGUUUUGUUUUCCAUCAAGGGGGCGUUAUGACUGAAAAUCAUAAAACUGUAUAAUCACAUAGUAUUAUGUACACACAAUUACCCUUGCAUUUUAUUGAUAUAUUUUUUUAAACAUUGAAUUCAGUUUGACCAAAUAUUUUGGUUGGUGAAAAAAAUGCUUGUAAUAUCUGUAAGAAGGGUAGAAAAAUGGUAAUUUUCAUUUAAAAUGGAAAAAAUACAUCUAUUUAGCAAGCAAAAUGAAGUAGUAGAUAUUUGAUUCACUUUAGUGGGCCACAAAACUGAUGGGGUGGGCCAAAUCUGUCCCACAGGCCUAGUGUUUGACACCUACACCUGAACUACAAGUUUAAAAAAAAUAAUCGCAUAUAGGCAUUAAAUCAUAAUUGAACCCUUGGACCUGCAGCGUAAAUCCAGUCUUCAUGUAAUAAAUGUGAUGUUUUAUUGAUUUUGUUGAGAAACAACCCGUGCAAUAAUGUUUACAGCGCCGCCAAUUUCACAACGACAAAAAUGUCUUAUUUACUAGAAGUUCAAAUAAGAUGUGACAUGUUGAUUUUAAUGUGAAUGCAGGCAUUCAUCUUGCAAAUAAAAAUGCAGAAUCAACAAAAGCUGUCCUUUUGUUUUUGGAUGUAGAUUAGCGUUUGUUGUGUUAGCCUAGCACAGUAAGCCAAUGGUGGAAAGCCAAACAGGUGCCACACCUUUUGUCAACUUAAUGCGUAUAAAAAAAAAUUUUUUUUAAAACAUGGUGCGACGUGGAAGCAUGCAAAAUGCGCCACGGGAAUGCCAACGUGUCGAGACCUUUUGGAACAUUUGGCGUUGAAUUAUGCAACACGCAGCCUCACCGCACCCCGUCUUUUCCCAACGCUAGCGUGUAAUUAAGAGAUGGAAUGUGGCAGUCUGUCAGCAGCCAAGCGGAAGCGUGCGCUGAUGGAUCCCACCUGAGGAACAGGUUUUCCCCGCAGGCAGGCCAGCACGGGAAACGCCUUAAUGUCGUCCCAUAGCACGGGAUGCUACUUCCUUCAUGGAAACAUAUCUUUACUCACGACGUGUGUGGAAACUGACUGACAGAUUUUAAGAAAACACUGCACGGAAAAGGAUAGAUAGAUAGGUGUGUUGGGAAUCAUCUUCCAUCCACUGCUGUAUAUAGUGACCCAUAUACAGUAGUCAGUUCACCAUUUUGUAGUGCCGUUCGAAUAUGUAGUGAGUAC